AGAACGGAGGCCGGGAAGGCGAUUCGGCGUGGGGCGGGACGCGGAGCGCGUGCGCACUCCUUAGCUUUCCUGGGAGCUUCUCUCUAGCGUUCUCGUUGUGCUUCCCUUGUGUUCUCUCUUCCCUUCUCUCGGACUUUACGAGUCACGGCAGCGGUCUUCAAUUGGGACGGUUGGCGAGCUCUGGAGUGGCCUGGCCGGGAACGGGCUGCGUGCGCGUGGAGGACGCUGUGGAGCGGACAGGUGGCAGCUCUCGCAGCAUGGCUGAAAAUCGAGAGCCCCGUGGUGCCGUCGAGGCUGAGCUGGACCCAGUGGAGUACACUCUUAGGAAACGCCUUCCCCACCGCUUGCCCCGGAGGCCCAAUGACAUUUAUGUCAACAUGAAGACUGACUUUAAGGCCCAACUGGCUCGCUGCCAGAAGCUGCUGGACGGCGGGGCACGAGGUCAGAAUGCAUGCACCGAGAUCUACAUUCAUGGCUUGGGCCUGGCCAUCAACCGUGCUAUCAACAUUGCCCUGCAGCUGCAGGCGGGCAGCUUUGGAUCUUUGCAGGUGGCUGCCAAUACCUCCACUGUGGAGCUUGUGGAUGAGCUGGAACCAGAGACUGAUACGCGGGAGCCACUAACCCGAACCCGAAACAACUCAGCCAUCCACAUCCGGGUCUUCAGGGUCACGCCCAAGUAAUCAAACGAAGUCCUACCAUCACCAUACACAGCUAGGUCCCAACGCGGCUCUCUUGACUCUUGUACUAAGUACUGUUAUGGACCAUCUGCUAGAGCCAUGUAAGAGGAAGCCCAUUUCCUCGGCCCGAAAGACUGAACUGAGGGUGGGAAGGUAAUUUCUCUUAUGGGGCCCAACCAGUGGAUUUUUCUUAUCCUGGACAAUAAAAAGUAUGAAGUUGUUUUAGCGCCUGCCA